AAUUUUUAAAUUUUAAUUAAGAUUGUUUUAUUACAAUUAAAUUAAUUUAGAGAUAGAUAAAAAAAUAUAUUUUUUAUCAGACAUUUACUUUUAAACGCUGAAGAUUUAGUUGCUUAAGUUAGUUAAAUGAAUAUUAAAGAAAAUUAAAAAUUAGAUUUUUAACAAGAAUGUUUGAAUGAUAGUAAAGAAAAAGAGAAAUUAAUGAAAGAAAUAUAAGAUCUAAAAUAAAUUAUUGUUUAAAAAGAUUAAGUUCUUGCUUAAUGGAUGAGGAUGUGUGAAGAUUUAUCUCAAAAUCUUUUACAAAAAUAAAUUGAUAUUAAAUAGUUAGAAAUUAGCUAGAAUCUAUUAUGUGAUGAUAAAGAAGAAUCUAAAAAUAAUUCAGUUGACUAGUAGCAUUUAGCUAUAAAAUAAGAUACAUCUGAAUAGAAAAGUUAUUAGCAUUCCUUUUACUAAAAUGAAAACAAAAAGAUUUUUAAUGGAAAAUUAAAUGAUGAAGGUAAAGAGUAUUAUAGUAGAUUCAACGGCCAAGAAAGCACUGAAGUAGGUUCUUGCUAUACUCUUAAUAUGAAUACAAAAGAGUAAAAUAGCUUUAAUUAACAACCUUCUCCUAAUAGAGAAUCUAAAAAAGUAGAGUGCAGCUCAGAUUCAAAGUAGAACGAAAAUACUUAUCAGUUGAUCUAUAAUUCUAAUAAGGACUAAACUCAAUUUUCGGAUAAUCAAAUUAAUAACAAUAAUAACAACUAUAUUAAAGAAAUUGAAUAAAUAGAAAAAGAUGCUUAGCAACUUCUAAAAGAGUUUUAAAAAUAGAUUUAUCCAGAAGAAAAAUCCUUGUAUAUGUUUGAUGAGUAAAAUGAUUUACUUUGCAAUGAAAGUGACAUAUUUUCUCAAUGUAUAAAGCUCAAAUAGUGCUUAGAAGAAAUGAAACUAGAAAAGGAGUAACUGACUUAAUAAAAUAAUUAGUUUUUUAAAAUAAUAAAUGAAAAAUGUCUUGAAAUCCAACAUCUAUAAAGUAUGCUAAUUUAGAGAGAUUAAAAAGUCAUAGAUUAUUCUGAGAAGAGAAAUGAAGAGUAUAGAAAAUUUUUACAAGCAAAUCAUUCUCUAGUAAAUGAAAACAAAGAGUAAAGAGAAAUGAUAUUUAGAUUUUAAUAACAGUUAGCUCUGCUAAAUUACUUAAAGGCAGAAAAUUAAGAGGUUAAUUUGUUAAAAUUAGAAAAACAAAACUUAUUAGAUGAAAAUUAAAAAUUAAAUAAUCAUAUUAAACACUAAAAAUCAAUAAUUCUAGAAUAAUCAGAGUACAAGUUGUUUUAUAAUCAACUAAAGACUGAUUAUGACAUAUUAGCUAAUCACAUUUAGUAGCUCGGAGAUGAAUAUAUUUAAAACUCAACAGCAAAUAACACAUGCCCUACUUGUUUUUCAUAAGAUUAGUAUAGAUUAGUUAUUUUAUAACUCUAACAAAAGUACGAGCAUUUAGAAAAAAAAUAUAAAUAGGAUGUACAAAAUUUAAUGGAGGAUCUUAACAACCUUAAAUUUGCCUAUGAUAAGAAACAAGAUAGAUGA